AUGGCCACUUCCCCCAGACCUGGCCAACCCAGACCUGGCCACCUCCCCCAGACCUGGCCACCCCAGGCCUGGCCACCUCCCCCAGACCUGGCCACCUCCCCCAGACCUGGCCACCUCCCCCAGGCCUGGCCACCUCCCCCAGGCCUGGCCAACCCAGGCCUGGCCAACCCAGGCCUGGCCAACCCAGGCCUGGCCAACCCAGGCCUGGCCAACCCAGGCCUGGCCAACCCAGGCCUGGCCCACCCAGGCCUGGCCAACCCAGGCCUGGCCACCCCAGGCCUGGCCAACCCAGGCCUGGCCAACCCAGGCCUGGCCAACCCAGGCCUGGCCAACCCAGGCCUGGCCAACCCAGGCCUGGCCAACCCAGGCCUGGCCAACCCAGGCCUGGCCAACCCAGGCCUGGCCAACCCAGGCCUGGCCAACCCAGGCCUGGCCAACCCAGGCCUGGCCAACCCAGGCCUGGCCAACCCAGGCCUGGCCAACCCAGGCCUGGCCAACCCAGGCCUGGCCAACCCAGGCCUGGCCACCUCCCCCCAGACCUGGCCAACCCAGGCCUGGCCACCUCCCCCCUACAGCAGUGGGUUCAGAGCUCCAUAA